CACACAGAGAAGAAAAGGCCUUGGCCUGCCUCAUUAUCCUCAUAAAGAGAUGUGGAGAAGAGAAGAGAAGGAGAGGGAGAAGGAGAGGAGGAGGGAUGGGGGGAAGAGAGAGGGUGACUAAAGAGAGAAAAGCAAAGUGGGGGUUCCCUCUUUCCCUCCCUCUCUCUCCUGAUUGAUGAAUAGGACCCUCAGUGCAGGCCUGUACCACUUCACCACUUCACAGGGGUGUGAAGACUUCAGAGAGCAGUCUGCUGAAACAAACUCACGGCACUUUUUAAGGCUAAUCAAAGCAGUGGCGGUGUACAGCCGUCCAGCGUAAGAGGCUACUAGACAGACGGAUGACUUUUAGAUAAACAACGGCAGCGGUGUAAAAUAAACAACUCCUGGCAGUGAUCCUGGUCCCUGCAUCUCCAACUCUCUCUCUCUCUGUCUUACCCCCUCUCUCUCUCUCUCUCUUACCCUCUCUCUCUCUGUCUUUCUCUCUCCAUCACCUUGCCUCCACGACCUCUCCCCAGUGAAGGAGAGAGAGAAUCAGAAAGAGUGAGUGGGUAGGUCCCUGUGGAGUUUGGGAGAUACAGAGGGAUACAGAGGCUGAAUAAGUUAGAGCUACGAUGAGCAAUCUGCUGUUCAACGAUUCCUCCUUCCUGUCUACACAGGAAGUCCCGCCCAACCUGUCCUUGCUCACCAACUCCACGGGCUCGAUUCUCCCCAUGGGAACCCAUGACCCACUGCCAAUCAUCAUCAUCACUCUCUGCCUCUUCCUCCUCUUUGGUGGCUGCGUUGCCUUUCUGGCCGUCUGCUGCUCCACAGAUCCACCAGAAGGGGGUUGCGAGGUGGGCUGCGGCCCAGCCGAGGGUCUCUCCUGUGGCAUGCCUCUGUCCAGCGAGCCCCAGCUCAAGCUGUGGAAGCGCCUGGGCUCCAUGCGUCGCUCGGUCUCUUCCUCCUCCUCUUCCUCGGUGCGCCGGAGCACCCCGCAGCGCCGCUCACCGCCACUGAUAUCACCGCCCCUCAUCACAGUGACCCCCCCCUCUGUCACGGCAACGCCUCAGAGGCACAACCUGCGCCCCCACAUCGCCAUGCCCUGCUUGUUGCAGUAUGCCACCGAAAUUUGACCCACCUGUGCCCAAAGUGGGACCCAACUUAGCCUGCUAACCACUGCUGAGAGUGACCAUUAAAUUACCAUCCAAUGAGGCACUGCUGAAUUAUUUACAUCCACUACCUUGCUACAUGUCCCUCCAAUCUCCCGAUGAAAAAUGUUCAUCCCUAAAGCACUAGCACACCAUCUUCACCAGCCGCCAUGUGCGAUCGGAAAAGUGAAGGCCCAUGGCAGAAGCAAGAUAAUCUGAUACGUAUCUGUGAAAAGAUAGAUGGGGAGCCCUUCGACCGAACCGGAACCCACCACACUCAUCCAUCUUACUCUGCUCUGAUUUCAAAUGCUGAUCUCAGCUUCUACGAAACUUGCUUGAUUGCUUAAGUUCCUGCUCAUUAGAGAGAUGGAACUACAGCAACAACUACAACUAAUGGUUCCCUUCACCAGACUCAACUAUCACUAAAACACUGCAGGAUAUUUUUCUGAUGGUGACACAAUAAACUCAAGGAUUUGUAACAGGCGCUGUAUGAUGUGUUAGAAGUAACUGGAGAUGUACAUCUUUUCAUCUUCAUGAAACCAGUUGACAUAAAAAUUAAUGAAAGUUUUUGCUUGGUUAAUUCAUUAUGUAUUUGUGCAAAAAUAAAUUGAGAAAGACAGUGAUUUGUUAAGAAGUUCCUAGUCGGCUUGGUCCAAAACGGACGUUUCAGAAUGCUUGGGGUUGAGACUGUUGGGCCCUUUUAAAAGGGCUGCCAUGGAAAUGUCUUUGUCUCAUUUGUUGAUGACCGUGCAGUAACCAUGGUUUCCUUGAACUAAAGCAGUUCCCUUUUUUUGUGUAUUCAAAAUAAUAUCAAUAGUCAUGCUCGCUCACACACACACACACACACACACACACACACACACACACACACACACACACAAACACACACACAAAGCAACACUUGUAAAUACAGACCAGAGUAAAAAGUUACCAUCAACACAAACCACAGUUACCAUAGUGUUGAUUUUGUGAUAAUAAUAAAUGUUCUUUUUCAAAAGAAAA